UCUCUCUCUCUCUCUGACUCUCUCUUCAAUAUUUUUUAUUAUUUUUCCUCAAAAGUCUUUUUCACUCUUGUCUCACUGCUACCGCCGACUUCAUAACGGUUAGCCGUCGUAUUUUGGCGGCGCCGAUUUUCCUGUUUCCCGGCGAUCUUCUCCGAAAGUACUCUUUUAUUAUUUCCUCCUCAAGUGCAUCGCUUUGGAACUCUGGUUUUAACUAUCAUUUCUGAGUUUAAUAGUGUUGCGUUCUUGUUUGCUUUAUCUUACUGAAAAUAAUCUUUCAAAGGGAAUAGACAAAAUGAUUGGAUCCUUUCUUACCAGAGGACUCGUGACGGUUUUUGCCUAUGCUUUUCCAGCAUAUGAAUGUUAUAAAACUGUUGAAAUGAAUAAGCCUGACGUUGAGGAACUGCGCUUUUGGUGCCAGUACUGGAUAUUGGUGGCUGUUUUGACGGUUAGUGAGAGAAUUGGUGAUGCUUUUGUUUCAUGGGUUCCAAUGUACAGUGAAGCUAAGUUGGCUUUCUUUAUUUACUUGUGGUACCCGAAAACAAGGGGAACUUCUUAUGUGUAUGACUCCUUCUUUAGACCAUAUGUUGCAAAGCAUGAAAAUGAAAUUGACCGUAACUUGUUGGAACUAAGGACUAGAGCUGGUGAUAUGGCAGUUCUUUACUGGCAAAGAGUUGCUAGCUACGGCCAGACAAGAAUUUUUGAGAUCCUGCAAUAUGUUGCUUCACAGUCAACCCCAAGACCUCACCAUGCUAAGAAUUCUCAGGCACAAGUUGAUAGGGCUCGCCAACCCUCUGGUGUGCCAAUCUGCCAAUCAUCUAGUAAAGCACAAGCAGCACAUCCUGAGGCUGAAGAACCGCCUUCCCCGACAUCAAGCACAUUUUCAAGUCAAAACCCAAAGGAAGUAGCUGAAGAGGUGGGACCUUCAAAGGUGGCUUCACAGGUGGCUAAAUCAGCUACCCCAUCAGCAUCCUCAAAUAGCCAAAAACCAGAUCCUGCAUCUGAAAGUACCAGUCAGCCUGCAGAUACCGAAGCAGAAGCAAUGCAAAUUGAACCGGUGUUGCCUUCUCCACGGAAUGAAGUCACAAACCCUCCCCCAAAAGAGACUCUCAUGGAAGAAAGCAUUCGAGUCACACGUGGUAGAUUGAGGAAAAGCCGUUCAGGAACCCGUUAAAAUGAUGGUAUUAAUUCCUUUUCUUUUUAGUUUACUGAACUAGCACUUGAAUUGGUAGGCGUAUCGUUGUUGACAUUGAUGUAAAUUUCUCUGUUUUCUAGUUUCUAUUUCAUUCGUUGCUUCA